AUGACGUGGAUUUCGAAAUCGACGACUGGCUUUGGCCUGCUACUCUUAGCACACGCGUGCUACUCCGCGCACGAACACUCGGCUCUUCAAUCGCACCGAGCCGCGUCAUUGUCCUCCUUGCCCACAACGCAAUCCGGAUCUACUACGUCGCUACCGAUUGACAUCACCAUCGAGACAGUCCUCGCAACGCUCAUGAUAUGUCUGGGGCUUGUGUCGGGGACGUCGAGGCUGCGACCCAUUCAAUGGCGGGUAUGGGCUGGACAGAUUGAGCGCGAGGGAGAGGCCGGCUUCACAAACAGCAGCGGAGAGGUUGAGAAGGACUACGUGGGAAACCCGUUCCGACUGCUGGAGAGUCGGCCAGGAUUCGUCGAUAUUCGAAAGCAGCGAAAAGAGUUCGCCGAAUGGGUCAAGGGACAAUAG